CUAUACACGAGUUUGUAUACAGUCAACUAGCGUGAUCGAUCUCCAUACCAUUAGAUGGCGGUACUGGCCUCAGUAGCCAACCGGAACUCACGCUUCAAUUAGGAGGAAGGACACCGGAUCUUUUAAGGAAACCUUGUUGAGCUACAGCACGGCCAGCUCUCCUGUGAACAUGGGUCGUCACUUUGGAAACUUGGCCAAGGUCAGGCAUAUAAUCACCUAUAGUCUGUCCCCCUUUGAGCAGAGGGCUUUCCCCAACUACUUCUCCAAAGGAAUCCCAAAUGUGUGGAGACGGUUCACAGCCUCUUUCUUCAAAGUUGCCCCCCCAAUGAUUGUCCUGUACCUGACAUACAGCUGGGGCAACAGCGAAUACGAGAAGAGCAAGAGGAAGAGUGCUGUGGAUCAUGCACAUGAUGAAUAAAUUCCUUCAAACUCCUAAAAGCUGCCCUCUGUUAUUAAUUCCACCUCUGUAUGUUUCACUAAUAAAGAAGAAAGAUAUUUAUGUGAAAUCAGUAUUGAUUUCAUUCAA